AUGGACCCGAGUGACUGUGCCCCCGACUCGUGGGAGCAAGACGAGGAUCUGCUGGGACCACCCGCUCUCAACGUGAACGCCAAGCCCUUCGUGCCCAAUGUGAACGCGGCCGAGUUCGUACCGUGUUUCCCCGCGUGUGUGGAGGGUGAGCCCCGCGUCCACGCCGCUAACACACCGCUAGCCGCGGCGCGGGGAGAGGCGAGCGGCGAGGCUACAGGCGGGCGAGCGGCGAGGCUACAGGCGGGCGAGAGGCGAGACUACAGGCGGGGGAGAGGCGAGGUUACAGGCGGGCGAGAGGCGAGGCUACAGGCGGGCGAGCGGCGAGGCUACAGGCGGGCGAGCGGCGAGGCUACAGGCGGGCGAGAGGCGAGGCUACAGGCGGGCGAGAGGCGAGGCUACAGGCGGGCGAGAGGCGAGGCUACAGGCGGGCGAGAGGCGAGGCUACAGGCGGGCGAGAGGCGAGGCUACAGGCGGGCGAGAGGCGAGGCUACAGGCGGGCGAGCGGCGAGGCUACAGGCGGGCGAGCGGCGAGGCUACAGGCGGGCGAGAGGCGAGACUACAGGCGGGGGAGAGGCGAGGUUACAGGCGGGCGAGAGGCGAGGCUACAGGCGGGCGAGCGGCGAGGCUACAGGCGGGCGAGCGGCGAGGCUACAGGCGGGCGAGAGGCGAGGCUACAGGCGGGGGAGAGGCGAGGCUACAGGCGGGCGAGAGGCGAGGCUACAGGCGGGCGAGAGGCGAGGCUACAGGCGGGCGAGCGGCGAGGCUACAGGCGGGCGAGCGGCGAGGCUACAGGCGGGCGAGCGGCGAGGCUACAGGCGGGGAGAGGCGAGGCUACAGGCGGGCGAGAGGCGAGGCUACAGGCGGGGGAGAGGCGAGGCUACAGGCGGGCGAGAGGCGAGGCUACAGGCGGGCGAGCGGCGAGGCUACAGGCGGGCGAGCGGCGAGGCUACAGGCGGGCGAGCGGCGAGGCUACAGGCGGGCGAGCGGCGAGGCUACAGGCGGGCGAGAGGCGAGGCUACAGGCGGGCGAGAGGCGAGGCUACAGGCGGGCGAGAGGCGAGGUUACAGGCGGGCGAGAGGCGAGGCGAGAGGCGAGGCUACAGGCGGGCGAGAGGCGAGGCUACAGGCGGGCGAGAGGCGAGGCUACAGGCGGGCGAGAGGCGAGGUUACAGGCGGGCGAGAGGCGAGGCUACAGGCGGGCGAGAGGCGAGGCUACAGGCGGGCGAGAGGCGAGGCUACAGGCGGGCGAGAGGCGAGGCUACAGGCGGGCAAGAGGCGAGGUUACAGGCGGGCGAGAGGCGAGGCGAGAGGCGAGGCUACAGGCGGGGGAGAGGCGAGGCUACAGGCGGGGGAGAGGCGAGCGGCGAGGCUACAGCCGGGGAGAAGCGAGGCUACAGGCGGGCGAGAGGCGAGGCUACAGGCGGGCGAGAGGCGAGGCUACAGGCGGGGGAGAGGCGAGGCUACAGGCGGGGGAGAGGCGAGGCUACAGGCGGGGGAGAGGCGAGCGGCGGGGCUACAGCGAGGGCGAGGUACAGCCGAGGCUAAGCGGGGCGAGAGGCGAGGCUACAGGCGGGCGAGAGGCGAGGCUACAGGCGGGGGGAGAGGCGAGGCUACAGGCGGGGGAGAGGCGAGGCUACAGGCGGGGGAGAGGCGAGGCUACAGGCGGGCGAGAGGCGAGGCUACAGGCGGGGGAGAGGCGAGAGCGAGAGGUGGGGAGAGGCGAGGCUACAGGCGGGAGAGGCGAGGCUACAGGCGGGGAGAGGCAAGGCUACAGGCGGCGAGGCUACAGGCGGGCAAGCGGCGAGGCUACAGGCGGGCGAGAGGCGAGGCUACAGGCGGGCGAGAGGCGAGGCUACAGGCGGGCGAGAGGCGAGGCUACAGGCGGGCGAGAGGCGAGGCUACAGGCGGGCGAGAGGCGAGGCUACAGGCGGGCGAGAGGCGAGGCUACAGGCGGGCGAGCGGCGAGGCUACAGGCGGGCGAGCGGCGAGGCUACAGGCGGGCGAGCGGCGAGGCUACAGGCGGGCGAGCGGCGAGGCUACAGGCGGGCGAGAGGCGAGGCUACAGGCGGGCGAGAGGCGAGGCUACAGGCGGGCGAGAGGCGAGGCUACAGGCGGGCGAGAGGCGAGGCUACAGGCGGGCGAGAGGCGAGGUUACAGGCGGGCGAGAGCGAGGCGAGAGGCGAGGCUACAGGCGGGCGAGAGGCGAGGCUACAGGCGGGCGAGAGGCGAGGCUACAGGCGGGCGAGAGGCGAGGCUACAGGCGGGCGAGAGGCGAGGCGAGAGGCGAGGCUACAGGCGGGGGAGAGGCGAGGCUACAGGCGGGGGAGAGGCGAGCGGCGAGGCUACAGCCGGGGAGAAGCGAGGCUACAGGCGGGCGAGAGGCGAGGCUACAGGCGGGCGAGAGGCGAGGCUACAGGCGGGGGAGAGGCGAGGCUACAGGCGGGCGAGAGGCGAGGCUACAGGCGGGCGAGAGGCGAGGCGAGAGGCGAGGCUACAGGCGGGGGAGAGGCGAGGCUACAGGCGGGGCUACAGGCGGCGGGGCUACAGCCGGGGAGAAGCGAGGCUACAGGCGGGCGAGAGGCGAGGCUACAGGCGGGCGAGAGGCGAGGCUACAGGCGGGGGAGAGGCGAGGCUACAGGCGGGGGAGAGGCGAGGCUACAGGCGGGGAGAGGCGAGCGGCGAGGCUACAGCCGGGGAGAAGCGAGGCUACAGGCGGGCGAGAGGCGAGGCUACAGGCGGGCGAGAGGCGAGGCUACAGGCGGGGGGAGAGGCGAGGCUACAGGCGGGGGAGAGGCGAGGCUACAGGCGGGGGAGAGGCGAGGCUACAGGCGGGGGAGAGGCGAGGCUACAGGCGGGAGAGGCGAGGCUACAGGCGGGGAGAGGCAAGGCUACAGGCGGCGAGGCUACAGGCGGGCAAGCGGCGAGGCUACAGGCGGGCGAGAGGCGAGGCUACAGGCGGGCGAGAGGCGAGGCUACAGGCGGGCGAGAGGCGAGGCUACAGGCGGGCGAGAGGCGAGGCUACAGGCGGGCGAGAGGCGAGGCUACAGGCGGGCGAGAGGCGAGGCUACAGGCGGGCGAGAGGCGAGGCUACAGGCGGGCGAGAGGCGAGGCUACAGGCGGGCGAGAGGCGAGGCUACAGGCGGGCGAGCGGCGAGGCUACAGGCGGGCGAGCGGCGAGGCUACAGGCGGGCGAGCGGCGAGGCUACAGGCGGGCGAGAGGCGAGGCUACAGGCGGGCGAGAGGCGAGGCUACAGGCGGGCGAGAGGCGAGGCUACAGGCGGGCGAGAGGCGAGGCUACAGGCGGGCGAGAGGCGAGGCUACAGGCGGGCGAGAGGCGAGGCGAGAGGCGAGGCUACAGGCGGGCGAGAGGCGAGGCUACAGGCGGGCGAGAGGCGAGGCUACAGGCGGGCGAGAGGCGAGGCUACAGGCGGGCGAGAGGCGAGGCGAGAGGCGAGGCUACAGGCGGGGGAGAGGCGAGGCUACAGGCGGGGGAGAGGCGAGCGGCGAGGCUACAGCCGGGGAGAAGCGAGGCUACAGGCGGGGAGAUGCGAGGCUACAGGCGGGCGAGAUGCGAGGCUACAGGCGGGGAGAGGCGAGGCUACAGGCGGGGAGAGGCGAGGCUACAGGCGGGGGAGAGGCGAGGCUACAGGCGGGGGAGAGGCGAGGCUACAGGCGGGGAGAGGCGAGCGGCGAGGCUACAGCCGGGAAGAAGCGAGGCUACAGGCGGGCGAGAGGCGAGGCUACAGGCGGGCGAGAGGCGAGGCUACAGGCGGGGGAGAGGCGAGGCUACAGGCGGGGGAGAGGCGAGGCUACAGGCGGGGGAGAGGCGAGGCUACAGGCGGGGGAGAGGCGAGGCUACAGGCGGGAGAGGCGAGGCUACAGGCGGGGAGAGGCAAGGCUACAGGCGGCGAGGCUACAGGCGGGCAAGCGGCGAGGCUACAGGCGGGCGAGAGGCGAGGCUACAGGCGGGCGAGAGGCGAGGCUACAGGCGGGCGAGAGGCGAGGCUACAGGCGGGCGAGAGGCGAGGCUACAGGCGGGCGAGAGGCGAGGCUACAGGCGGGCGAGAGGCGAGGCUACAGGCGGGCGAGAGGCGAGGCUACAGGCGGGGGAGAGGCGAGGCUACAGGCGGGCGAGAGGCGAGUGACCGUGGAGGCUCUCUCUAACGUGGAGCUGUCAGACUGCACUGCUCCAGUGCAGAAUGGGGACUUGGACAUCGGCACAGAACAGUCCUGGGACCAGAAGGACGAGGAGGAGACUGAGGAGACGGGGCAGAGGAGCAGGGACCAGAGCCCAGAGCAGGAGGCCUCAGAGGAGGUCUCAGAGGAGGCCUCAGAAGAGGUCUCAGAGGUUGGGGAUGAAGAGGAAGAAGUGGUCACGCCUAAACCACAGCCCCUGCCUCAGCCCGACGCCCCCAAGAAGGAGCACAUCAACGUGGUGUUCAUAGGGCACGUAGACGCUGGCAAGUCCACCAUCGGAGGACAGAUCAUGUACCUCACAGGGAUGGUGGAAAAGCGGACACUGGAAAAGUACGAGAGGGAGGCCAAGGAGAAGAAUCGGGAGACCUGGUACUUGUCCUGGGCCCUGGACACCAACCAGGAAGAGCGAGACAAAGGGAAGACCGUGGAGGUGGGCAGGGCCUACUUCGAGACGGACAAGAAGCACUUCACCAUUCUGGACGCACCAGGACACAAGAGCUUUGUUCCCAACAUGAUCGGGGGAGCAUCACAGGCCGACCUGGCAGUUCUGGUGAUCUCUGCCAGGAAAGGAGAGUUUGAGACGGGCUUUGAGAAGGCAGGGCAGACUCGGGAACACGCCAUGUUGGCUAAGACUGCGGGGGUCAAGCACCUCAUCGUCCUGGUCAACAAGAUGGACGACCCCACGGUCAACUGGAGCCUGGAGAGGUACGAGGAGUGCAAAGAGAAGCUCCUCCCCUUCCUGAAGAAGGUGGGCUUCAACCCCAAGAAAGACAUCCACUUCAUGCCCUGCUCCGGCCUGACAGGCGCCAACCUCAAGGACGCCACGGUCCACUGCCCCUGGUACACAGGCCUUCCUUUCAUUCCACACUUGGACAAUUUGCCAAACUUACACCGACCCAGAGACGGCCCGGUCCGACUGCCCAUUGUGGACAAGUACAAGGACAUGGGCACAGUGGUGCUGGGGAAGCUGGAGUCUGGAUCCAUCCUUAAAGCGCAACAGCUGGUCAUGAUGCCCAACAGGCACACGGUGGAGGUCCUGGGCCUGCUCUCUGACGAUGUGGAGACCGAGGAGGUGGGACCAGGGGAGAACCUGAAGAUCCGUCUUAAAGGCAUCGAGGAAGAGGAGAUCCUGCCCGGCUUCAUCCUCUGCAGCCCAGACAACCUCUGCCACUCAGGGAAGGUGUUUGACGCUCAGGUGAGACCCCUGUCUCCUGUGUCUCCACUCUGUGUCCUCUGUCUCCUGUGUCUCCACUCUGUGUCCUCUGUCUCCUGUGUCUCCACUCUGUGUCCUCUGUCUCCUGUGUCUCCACUCUGUGUCCUCUGUCUCCUGUGUCUCCACUCUGUGUCCUCUGUCUCCUGUGUCUCCACUCUGUGUCCUCUGUCUCCUGUGUCUCCACUCUGUGUCCUCUGUCUCCUGUGUCUCCACUCUGUGUCCUCUGUCUCCUGUGUCUCCACUCUGUGUCCUCUGUCUCCUGUGUCUCCACUCUGUGUCCUCUGUCUCCUGUGUCUCCACUCUGUGUCCUCUGUCUCCUGUGUCUCCACUCUGUGUCCUCUGUCUCCUGUGUCUCCACUCUGUGUCCUCUGUCUCCUGUGUCUCCACUCUGUGUCCUCUGUCUCCUGUGUCUCCACUUUGUCCUCUCUCUGUCCUCUGUCUCCUGUGUCUCCACUCUGUGUCUCCACUUUGUCCUCUCUCUGUCCUCUCUGA